AUGCAUGGACAAUCAUAUUAUCAAGGGCCAAUAGCGAUGCCAACAACGCAAAGACAGGGCCGACGAGUGAGUGAUGGCGUAUCUGGUGCUAUUCCCGGCGUUUUCGGUGCUACACAAUUAAUUCUCUGUGUAAUCAUAGUUGCUCUCGAAGUAGUAAGUAUAUAUUAUGACCCAGGUCGAGGUACUAUUUAUGCUGGUUUAUGGUCUUCAGCUGUUUUUUCCGUCACUUGGAUAUCUAUGUUUUGCUAUCUAUGUUGUGGUAAGUCGUCAGGAUGUGGAGUUUAUUUGGUUAUUCAAAAUAUCAUCAACUUGAUUUUUACAAUCCUACUUUUGAUAUUCACUUCCCGUUUUGUAAAAAAUCCUUGUUUAUGCUACAGUGCUUUAUGUUACCUGCCCAAUUGGGGUGAUAUUUCCCGUGAUGACGAUGACGAUGACGAUUAUUUCUCAUAUUCAUGUACUUCAAGAACAUUACGAAAAUUACCAGUACUCAAGGGUCUUCUUGCUUGUGCAGUUUUAAUGCUUGUUUCUAAUAUUUUAUUUAUUGUUAUAUAUUCAAUUGUUUCGAUUCGAUUACGUCGUAAGGCAAGAUGUAAUACUCAACAACCUAAUGUUGCUUAUCAUCAACAAUCCGCAGCUGUGCAAUUGGGAAGUCCGCCACCAUAUUAUCCAUCUACUACGGCUUAUCCUUCUAAUCAACACCAAUACUUAUAUCCAGUUCAAGAUGCACAAUUGCCAUCAGCACCGCCACCUUAUGAAACCAAUUCACACAAAUUUUGA